GUUGAACUACAGGUCGUAAGGACGGAUCUGGUGCAGGAAGUGCACCAGAUUUUCAAUGAGUGGAUCAGUCAGGUGAUCCGAGUGUACGCCGGACAGGAACAUGUGGAGCUGGAGUGGCUUGUUGGGCCGAUCCCGAUCGAUGAUGGCACGGGUAAGGAAAUUAUCUCUCGCUUCGAGUCGGACAUUGCAUCGAGUGGUGUGUUCUGGACCGACUCGAAUGGACGCGAAAUGCUUCGCCGGGUGCGAAACAAGCGAGAAACUUGGGAUCUUGACCUACAGGAGUCUAUCGCUGGCAACUACUAUCCAGUAACAACAAAGAUCACCAUUGAAGAUGACAGCAGUCGCUUGUCGCUAUUAAUUGAUCGUGCCCAAGGAGGAUCUAGUUUGAGCGAUGGCCAUUUAGAACUCAUGGUACACCGAAGGUUGCUGCGAGAUGAUCGUUUCGGUGUUGGAGAAGCGCUAAACGAAACUCAAUUCGGCGGUGGUUUAAUAGCGAGAGGCAAACAUUGGCUCAUCUUUGGACCCUCAUCUAAAGUCGGUGCACAAGGUCAAACGCAAGCAGCGAAGGAAAGGGUUCUUCAACGCCGCGUCCAUCUAGCGCCAUGGGUAUUUAAUGCUAAAUCGAACGGAGUUUCUUUCGAGGAUUUCUCCGGCCAAACUAGAAGAAAUUUCGCCUCCGUCAAGGAUGUAUUGCCACUAAGUGUGCACCUGUUAACACUGGAACCAUGGACGGAUGAUGAAGUUUUAGUUCGAUUUGAGCAUAUUUUUGAGACAAACGAAGACCCAUCGUACUCACAGCCUGUUGAAUUUGAUAUUCAAGAUUGGUUUGAACAUUAUCAGAUUACCGACAUCAAAGAGACCACUCUGGCAGGAAAUCAGUUGAAAUCAGCUUCCCAGCGCCUAGUUUAUGGACCAAAGAAAUCCGUAGCAAAAGAUCCGUUCAAAACA